AUGUUGGCCCAACGACGGAAGUUUUUCGAGGAUUUAAUUGAAAAGGAAAAACAGGCUAAGGCCCGGUCAAUUGCCCGGAUCAGGCCAAAGAAGAAGAUCGUCUUCCCCAAAGCGAAGGCGAUCGUUUCGAAUGUGAUUUCAGAGAUACCGGAGAAGGUCUUGAAGAAGAUUCUGGACAAUCUGGAUUACAAAGAACAAUGUCGACUGGAGAGAGUCUCCAAGAAAUGGCAAAGAGUAGUACUGCACAAGCAGACCAGAGAGAUCAAAGAGUUGGUCAUCGAAAUGGUAAGCUCAUUCUAAAUACAAUACAUAAUCGGGCAGACGGGUUCAACGAUACAAGCGUUGCAACAACUCGCGUUUCAACGACUCUCAAUCAGCGCUCCCCGACAAUGCGUAGAGUCUUUAUCUGGUAUUCUAAGAAGAUGCUCUUCCCAAUUGGAACGUCUCACUUGUGAUCUCUCUUUACUUUGCAUGACAUCAAAGGUAAAUAUAAUAUUUAAUAUUAUAUAAUGAUGACGUCAUCUUAUUUACACUAUAUCUGAAUACUAGAUGUGCUUUUCUGAUCGAAAGUAUUUCAAUAUAGUCGAAUCGUUGUGGCUAGUGGUUGCCAAAUGCAAUGAAAAAAUGUUGGAGAAACUCCGAAGGACAGAGAGAGAUCUUUUUACUGUAAGUUUUAUUAAAAUUAAUUAAGAAUAUUCAGGGAUUGAAUACACUCACUUUACAAGUACAUGUCAACGAAUACAACAUGGAUUUGAUAGCUGAUCUAAUCCAAAUCUUUACGAAUCGACGUCCCAAUUUAAUUCUCAAUCUUGAAAUCCAUGCCUCUUCAGGAUCUAAAGUAAGAACGUAUAAUUUAAUGACUAAGACUGGUUCACCUGUCCUUUAGAUAGCUCAACAAAUCAACAACUUGCCCGAGAUUAGGGUGAAUAAACUGAAACUGGUAUGCUCGGCCCUCAAUUGUGCCAUUCUCUCAGUCCCUCUGAUAUCCGAAUCGCUACAAAAAGCAAAAAUCUCAUUUAAAAAUAUUUCGUUCAGGUAUUCAAAGUCAAUUUUCUGUUGUAUAAUUACAUUUAGAGAGUGGUAUAUUACAUUUGAUGACAAAACUCCGAUCAGCAAGAAGCCAUUGAGAAAAUUGAGUUUCAAUUCCUGCACUGUAUACAGGUCCGAUGAAUUGGUGGAAGCCAUUUACAUUACUUGGAGUCAGAAAAAGAAAAGGUCAUGUCUACAAGACGAAGAAAAACGACCAGUCAAGUCAACUCUGAUUAGAAGUAAUUCUGAAAAAAGGACCAAAAAUGAUGAAAAACAGCCCAAGGCAAAACGAGCAAAGUCCUCGUUCCUCCGGAAGUUGGAGAUGGCCGGAUCAUGCACGGUGGUUGACCUGGACCACAUGAAAAGGAAGGCGCACAUCGAAUUGACUAACAGAAUCUCGGCAAAAUGCCCCACUUUAACUAUUGACACUUCAGAUAUAUUCUAUUAG